AUGAGUUUUAAAAAAUCUAAAAAUCUCCCCAACUUUCCUCUCUGCCACGCCGCCUCUCACCCGCAGUACACCGAGCCUCUGUGGACGGGUUGGAAGCCGCCGAGCCACAUCCUAGGCAUGAGCGAGGAGGAGCGGGCGGAGAUCCGCAAGGCGUGGCACAUCCUGGUGGACGGCGAGGGCGUGCCGCCGCCCAUCAAGAGCUUCAAAGACAUGCGCCUGCCCGAGCCCUGCCUGCGCGUGCUCAAGAAGAAAGGCAUCCUGCGCCCCACGCCCAUCCAGGUGCAGGGCAUGCCAGCGGUGCUGGAGGGGAGGGACAUCAUCGGCAUUGCUUUCACUGGAUCAGGGAAAACACUCGUCUUUGCGCUGCCCAUGGUGCUCAAUGCCCUACAGGAGGAGGAGGUGCGAAUGCCCCUGGUGGCGGGGGAGGGCCCCACGGGAGUCAAUGUGUGCCCCUCCAGAGAGCUCGCACGAUUGCUGUUCCACUACCCCUGCCAAUUCCUUCCCACUCCCUUCUAUCCCCCCACACGCCAGGCUUUGCAGGAGGAGGUGCGCAUGCCGCUGGUGGUGCGGGGGGGUGGGCCCACAGGGCUCAUCGCACUGCAGGAGGAGGUGCGAAUGCCGCUGGUGGCAGGGGAGGGCCCCACAGGGCUCAUCGUGUGCCCCUCCAGAGAGCUCGCCCGGCAGACGUACGAUGUGGUGAACGAGUUUGCUGAUGCUCUCAGGAACGACCGCAGAGAGCGGUGA